AAAAAAAAAAAAAACACUAAUCUUCUUCUUAUUUCUUCGAUGCAUAAGAAAGGUUCAAGCAGAGAUGUAAAUGGCCAAGCAUUUACAAAACUCAAGAAAGUAGAAACCGUACCAGCUGAUCCAGACAUUUACGACAUAACCUACGUCGACAUCUCCCCCUCGGAAGGCUCAUCUUCUCCAUUAUCCAAGUCACCAUGGUCCGUUCAAGUCGAUCAAUCCGCCGUAGACUCGCCGUACCAUUCGGUCAAAACUACGACGGAUACAACCAAAGACGAAACAGCAAACUACUCUCCUAAUGUUCUCAUGGGAUCUCUUGUUCGUGAAGAAGGCCAUAUCUAUUCAUUAGCUACGUCAGGAGAUUUACUCUACACGGGAUCUGAUUCCAAGAACAUUAGGGUUUGGAAAAACCAUGUUGAGUUCUCGAGUUUCAAAUCGAAUAGUGGAUUGGUUAAGGCUAUUGUAUUGGCCGGAGAUAAAAUAUUCACCGGUCAUCAAGAUGGUAAGAUACGUGUGUGGAAAGCUUCUUCUAAAGACUCAAACGUUCAUCGUCGUGUUGGUACUAUGCCUAACCUACGUGAUUACAUAAGAAACUCCAUUGUUCCUUCCUCUUACUUCAACUUCACGCGACGUAAUCGUAGCAGCGCUGCGUUAGGGUUUCGACAUUUAGACGCGAUCUCGUGUCUCGCCUUGAGCGAAGAUAAGAGGCUCUUGUACUCUGGUUCUUGGGAUAAAACGUUUAAAGUUUGGAGAGUUUCGGAUUUGCGGUGUUUAGAAUCUGUGAACGCUCACGAAGACGCUGUGAACGCUGUUGUGUCCGGUUUUGACGGUUUGGUUUUCACCGGGUCAGCUGAUGGUACGGUUAAGGUUUGGAGAAGAGAAGAUCAAGCGAAGGAGACGAAACAUUUCUUCUCGCAGACGUUACUGAAACAAGACUGCGCCGUUACGGCGAUCGCCGUUGAUCAAAGCGCGACGUUAGUUUACUGCGGUUCGUCUGACGGAACCGUUAAUUUUUGGGAACGUGAGAAUAAUAUGAGAAACGGUGGCGUUUUGAAAGGUCAUAAACUCGCCGUGCUCUGUUUAGUCGCGGCGGGGAACUUGAUGUUUAGUGGUUCAGCUGAUUUAGGGAUACGUGUGUGGAGGAGACCAGAAGGUGGUUGUAGUGGUGGAGGUGAGCAUGUUUGUCUUUCGGUUUUGACCGGACAUGCUGGUCCGGUUAAGUGUUUGGCGGUGGAAAGAGAUCAAGAAUCGGCUUCCGGUGAGAGAAGGUGGAUUGUUUAUAGUGGGAGUUUAGAUAGGUCGGUGAAGAUGUGGCGUGUGUCGGAGAAAUCACCGCCGAUGGUGAAUCAGGAUUUUCGGUUGCCGGAUCAGUUUAGUGGUGGUGGUCCGUCGGAGUUAACGGUGGCUCCUAGCUUCUCGGCUCAAGGGAGGAUUAGCCCCAAAAAAUAGUUUUUUUUUUUGUGUGUAUAU